AUGGCCGAUCCUUUUCCCUAUCGAGCUGAACUCGACUUGCCUGUCCCGCAGCGGCGAAACAGCUCUCCAACUCCCACCAAAAAGGAGCACCGUGGACCAUCGCGCCUCAAGCCACCUCUGGGCUUCCCGGGACCAAUCCCCGCUCCCUGCUCCCGUGUGUGGGAAAGACUGGAGUGUGUGCGUGCCCGCUCUCCGUGCGUGAGGAAGACUGAAGUGAUUGACCGCCUGACCCAAACGGGCCUGCGAGCGUCCCACAUAGUCGACAAAGUCGCUUUCGGAGGGAAGCGCAAAACGGGCCGUUCCCACCGGAACGGCCCCGACCCUAAGUCCAAACGCGGACUUAGAGAGCCCACCCAGUCUACCUGCCUUAAAGGGGACAGGCUGCGGCUUACAGACAUGCCUCACCUGUGCUCGUGUCUGCUCAUCAAAAUCCUGAGAUUAAAACCUCAGAGCACACCUCUGGCCCCCACCCCCGGCGAGUUCAAAGGGGGCCAGUGGGCCUGCAUCGCCUCAAACAAAGCCAUAGACAUCACCCAUGGGCCGGCAACGGCGUUCCACCACCCCCCCCAGUGGACACGGGACGCCAAUACACCGGAGACGGACAACUGA